CAAGAAGCGCCCUGCUCUCCUCACGAACACCCAUUGGAAUUCACUUACGUCUACUCGUUCUUUCUUCGCCCACCCGGCAAAUUUGACCCUAUUGAAUAUGCCCAGAAUGUUCAACAAAUUGCAGCAGUCCGUUCAGUAGAGCAGUUUUGGAGUGUCUACCGCCACAUUAAGCGGCCUUGUGAUAUUGGCGAAAAAGUAGACGUUCAUUUCUUCAAAAAAGGUAUCAAACCAGUAUGGGAAGAUGAGGCCAACAUCAAAGGAGGAAAAUGGAUUCUUCGCUUAAAAAAGGGUCUGUCUUCUCGCAUUUGGGAAAAUCUUCUGCUUGCAAUGGCUGGUGAACAGUUCCUCGUUGGUGACGAAAUUUGCGGAGCCGUGUGUUCAGUUCGUAAUCAGGAAGAUAUAGUGUCGUUGUGGAAC